UAACAGGAGACCGGAAUACUCAAGUGAGUUAGAGCUGUGUGGCAAUAGACAGCAACUGCCAUAUAUUUAUAUAAAAGACAGAACAGAGCUUUCAUGCGUUAGUUCGUCACCCUGUCUGUAACCAUGAACAAUUUGGUUGUCUUCACAUUCUGCUUGCUGGUAGGUGUGGCCAUGAGCGCGCCGACUAACACGCUGCCGGAAAACAUCGCCGAAGUCUCAACGACGGAAGGAGAUACCGACGAUAUUUUUGACGUGAUCAAAAAAACUCUUCCUCUCAUUCGCGAAAGCAUCGAUCUCUUUAGAGGUGGAGUUGACGCCGAAUUCCGCGGUGUGAAUACUGGUACCGAUUUGGGCUUUCGUGACAGUCCCCGCAGUUCCAACACUCCUCCAGGGGCUGUAGGUAAUGUCAAUGGCUUCGACAGUCCUUUCGUGCCCAACUAUGUCAUCCCUGGCUACACCAUUCCCGGCAAUAGGUUCACCCCAGACAUUCACAUCCCCGAGGUGCACAUCAGUUAAUCUCUCAGUUCCAUCUCGAUCAAGUGGAGUGAAUGUUUUAGUACUAUUUGUUCCCUUUGUGUAAAUAUUCAAGUAAAAGAACGCAUUCUUUAGUUGGUAUGUAUUUUUUACUCUUCUAUGCCUUCAUUAAACCACUUAAGGUUUUUUUUUCAGUUGUCACUGUCACAAAGACCAAUUGUUUCCCGAAAUAAGUAUCAUUAUAUCAUUUCCUAUUACAGCAAAUUUUCACAAGCUCCAUAAAUGCAUGUAUGAUUUUCGACGCAUAUUAAAAUAAAUUUUUCAUUUGUUUCGGUCGUGUCACUAUGUACUAUCUGUGCAAUAUGAAGUGUGGAACUAA